CAGAGCGGUUGGCGUCCUUCCAAGGUUUGGCACAUUCUUUUUUCUGGGCCAAUUCUCUAUUCCUCAGAGAGGAGAAGUGUGUUUUUAGAAAAGGGUCCUCACAGUAUCCUUCUUGUGAAAGAAUUAUUAAAGAGCCCUACGAUGUGUCCUAGUUUUCUGAUUAGAACUCUGUAACAGGACUGGCCGAAUUCACCAGAGGUGCCGCAUGUAAUCCGUGAUACAAAUUCACUCUCUUCCAGUCCUUUUUUUCUGCACUUUUUCGACUCACCUUUUAAGAUGUGCAGCAAGGCUGUGAUACCUUGUGCUUCUUUCAAUUCUAAAAACCUAAAACCAGUUGGUUGUUGAUAAGAGGGGCAUAGGAGUCCAUGUUCUUUCCUAGAGGCCUUAGGUUUGACUCAAAAUGAAGAAGUUUCUAAAGAAUCGGAAAGGCAGAUAUUCUAAGCGACAGAGCUCAUCUGGGUCUGGGUCAGCAGUCAAAGAUUUCUUUCUUGCGAUGCCAGCGUCGAACCAGGGCUGGCCGGAGGAGUUUGGUUUCCGAAUCAUUGGGUGUGGGCCCUGUUAUAUCCUGUAUGUGGAGGAUGGGAGCAGCGCACACAUUGCGGGUCUCCAACCUGGGGACCAGAUCCUGGAGAUCGAGGGGCAGAACGUCUCCUCCAUGAACGCAGAAACUCUGACCAGCAUGGCGUGGAAAUGCAAGAAUGUGCCACCCAGCAUCGGUGUGGUCUCGCGAAUCGAACAGGUGGACAUCUCGCCUGGGACAGAUGGCCGUUUCGGGUUCACCAUCGUGGGAGACAGCCCCCUGCUGGUGGAGGACUGCCUACCGAACUCUCCGGCGGCUGAGUGCGGGCUCAAGGCCGGCGAUUACGUGAUGGAGGUGAACGGGAUCCCGGUGAAGCAGCACGAGAUCGCAGCCACCAUGAUCAAGGCCUCGCACGGGAGCACUCUGCGGCUGGGUGUACUGUGUGUGGGGAGGAGACAGAAGAGAGCGAGCAGCAGCAUUCAAGACCACGACCACAGCUGUGACGGAGUCCACCAGGACCGCAAACACAAAGCCCUGGAGUUCAACAACAAGAUUGAGGAGGUACUUGGAGACCAGCCCGAGGUGAAGGAGAAGCUGUUUACUGUGUUGAAGCAGUAUGCAGCUGAGCGCAAGGUAGACUACCUGGCCUACGCCCUUCCCAUGAUCCUCACUGAAGACCUCCACCACCAACUCAUUGACAGCAUCAGGAUCUUCAUCCCCAAGAAGCACCGGCAGCGGUUCGAUGAGGUGGUGUCUCAAAGCCUGAUCAACCGGAUCUGCCGGAGGAAGAGCUUCACCGAGCAGAGCCAGAACCGCCUGCGUCGCAGCCGCAGCGAGGACCACCAUGAGCGGCUACUGGUGUCCACCCGGGCCAGCUCCGUGCCGCGCUCCGGAGAGGAAAACACUGCUGGCAAGGGCUUGAGGAAGACCGCCUCCCUCGUCGCAGGCAGCUCGGGGGCCUCAGGGAACUGCAGGACGGUGCGUGUAUACAAAGGCAACAAGAGUUUUGGAUUUACAUUACGGGGACAUGCUCCAGUCUGGAUUGAUUCUGUCAUUCCAGGUAGCCCAGCUGAGAAAGCUGGCCUCAAACCUAGAGACCGCAUAUUGUUUCUUAAUGGACUUGACAUGAGAAACUGUUCCCAUGAGAAGGUGGUGUCCAUGCUGCAGGGAAGUGGUGCCAUGCCAACCCUAGUGGUGGAAGACGGACCUGCCAACUUUGUCAUGGACCCUGAGCCUGAAGAGACCCCCGCCAGCUCCCACUCCCCUGUUCUCAGAUCCCUGCAGUGGGUGGCGGAGAUCCUACCAUCCAGCAUCAAGGUACAGGGUCGAACCUUCAGUCAGCAGCUGGAACACCUGCUCACCCACCAGGAGAGCUACACCAUCUGCAAGGCUCUGGAGGGCUUCUUCCAGCACAGGAAUGUGGACACGCUGAUUGUGGACGUGUUCCCAGUGCUGGACACUCCAGCCAAACAGGUGAUCUGGCAGUUCAUCUACCAGCUACUGACCUACGAAGAGCAGGAGCAUUGCCAGCAGAAGAUCGUGCGAUUCCUGGGGUACAAGUCUGCCAUAGCGACUGGAGAGACUGAACAGGCCCCUGUAACGCAUCGACGCAGCAGUUCAGUGCGUGUGUCAUCCAGCUGCAGGGAGAGGGGUAGCGUCCGAGCGCGCACCGCUGAGGAGGGGACAGGAAAGGGCCACAGUGACCCCGGGGAGGUGGGGAUGAGACUGGCCCCUGGAGAGAGGCAGUCUGGAGAUGGGACGUCACUUCCAGAGACACCCAACCUCAAAAACAUGUCUGCAGUGUACGCGGAGCUGGAAAGCACUUACUCAGGGAAGAGGAUGAAAUCCACUCAGAACCGGGCCUCUCCGGUGCCAGACCAACUGUCAAAGACAGUUACUGGACAGCAGCAUUCCCCCAUUGCAUUGGCUAACUCAGGCAGCAGACUGCAGCCUUCCCCCAUUGCAUUAGGGAAUCGGAAGUCGGGCCUGUCUCCAUCCUGGCAGGAGCCAGCGGCCUCUCCACAGUUUCGCGGCUACCCUCACAACCUCCCAUCCCCAGACAGCGCUGAGUCAAACCCCUAUGCCAGCCUGGACAGCCCACUGCCCUCCCCCCAGCCCCUGGAGUACACCACCACCAGCCCCCUGUCCCGCCGAAAGAAGCUUUUCACCUUCUCACGCCCCCCCCGCAGUCGCGACACAGACAAGUUCCUGGAUGCCCUGAGCGAGCAGCUUGGACACCGGGUCACCAUCGUCGACGACUUCCUGUCACCCGAGAACGACUACGAGGAGCUGAGUUUCCAGGAUGAGCAUGAGGCCAGCUUCCUCUCCCAUGACCGGGACAGUGCAAGCGAGUAUGUGAGCAGCAGCGAGGAUGGCUCCCUGACCUACUCCUCCUCCUCGGACCACAUCCCUCCUCCGCCCCAGAGCCCCCCGCCCCUGCCACCCAUCCACUUUCAUGACUCCAAGCCUGAGACACUGAACCGGGAUAUCAACAGGAGCCAUCAACCACCCCUACCACCACCACCACCACCACCGCCACCACCUCCACCACCACCACCGCUACCUCUAAGCAAGCCCAGCCUGCCCCAGAAACACCACUCCAAUCAGCUUCUUCACCCUAGUCACACCAAUCCAGCUCACCAUGUCAAUCAGUUUCUUCACCAUGGUCUCCUCAAUCCAGCUCACCACUCCAAUCAGAACCUUCUCCUUGGUCACCCCAAUCCAACUCAUCAUGCCAAUCAGUCUCUUCACCCUGGUCUCCUCAGUCCAGCUCACCACUCCAAUCAGAACCUUCUCCUUGGUCACCCCAAUCCAGUUCACCAUGCCAAUCAGUCUCUUCACCAUGGUCUCCUCAAUCAAGCUCACCAUGCCAAUAAGUCUCUUCACCCUGCUCACCCUAAUCCAGUUCACCACUCCAAUCAGAACCUUCACCCUGGUCACCCCAAUCCAGCUCACCACUCUAAUCAGAACCUUCACUCUGGUCACCCCAAUCCAGCUCACCACUCUAAUCAGACUCUUCACCCUGGUCACCCCAAUCCAGCUCACCACUCUAAUCAGAACCUUCUCCUUAGUCACCCCAAUCCAGCUCACCUAACAAAUCAGAACCUUCACCUUGCUCACUCCAAUCCAAAUCUCCACUCCAAUCACCCUAACAGUCCCAAUCAUCCUAGUCCCUCAAAUUCGACCCACCACGCCAAUCAGAUCAAUCCCACCCACCACUCCAGUCAGAGCACUCAUACCAACCACUCCAAUCCAACCCACCGCCCCAGCCAGAACAGUCACCCCAGCCAGUCCCAUCUAUCUAACCAAUCCAACCAAAUACCGCCACCUCCCCCGCCCCCUCCUCCCCCCUGCGGACCCCCACCCCUCCCUCGGGCUUUUCACCGUCGCAGCGAGUCCAGCCACAUGAGUGUCAAGCGCCUGCGGUGGGAGCAGGUGGAGAAAUCAGAAGGGACCAUCUGGGGUCAGCUUGGAGAAGACCCUGACUAUGACAAACUAAGUGACAUGGUAAAGUAUCUGGACCUGGAGUUGCACUUUGGAACACAAAAGACUGCAAUUUCUCUUCCAGAGCCAACCUUCUUACCUGAGUUUAAAAAGAAAGAUGUGGUCGAAAUUCUCUCUCGUAAAAAGGCGUAUAAUACAUCUAUCCUGAUUGCACACUUGAAGCUGUCCCCAGCUGAGCUGCGUCAGAUCCUGAUGACGAUGGUCAAUGACCGCCUGGAGCCGUCACACAUCAAGCAGCUGCUGCUGUACGCCCCUGAUGAAGAGGAGGUCAAGCAGUACCAGCAGUACACGCAGGACCCCAGCAAGCUCAGUGAGCCAGAUCAGUUUGUUAUGCAGAUGCUGUCGGUGUCAGAGUAUAAAACCCGGCUGCGAAGUCUUCACUGUAAGACAACUCUACAAGAGAAGACUGAGGAGAUGAAGGCUGGGUAUGAGUGUAUCUACAACGCCUCACUGGAACUGAAGAACAGCAAGAAACUCGCCAAGAUACUGGAGUUUGUGUUGGCAAUGGGAAACUAUCUCAACAAUGGACAGCCCAAGACAAAUAAAACCACAGGAUUUAAAAUCAAUUUUCUCACAGAGCUUAGUACCACAAAAACAGUAGAUGGGAAAUCAACAUUUCUGCACAUUCUUGCCAAAUCACUGGGCCAACACUUUCCUGAACUUCUGGGAUUUGCCAAGGACCUAACCACAGUGCCCCUUGCUGCCAAAGUUAACCAUAGAACAAUCACAUCUGAUCUUAAUGACCUUCAUACCACCAUACAAGACAUCCGGACUGCCUGCCAGAAAAUGCCUGCGACUUCCGACGACAGGUUUUCCACUGUAAUGAGCGGGUUUCUGGAGAACACCCACCCUGCUAUCCAGUCCCUGGACUCACUGCAGCAGCGAGCAAUAGAUGAGUUCAGCAAAGUGGCCUCCUUCUUCGGGGAAGACAGCACAGCUACCACAACAGAGGCCUUCUUUGGCAUUUUUGCAGAAUUCAUCAGCAAGUUUGAGAGGGCUUUCGGCGAGAUGAGAGCCACAGAGAACCAGCGCAGUCCAAGAAUGAGCUCCCCGCUAGCCUGGUGAUGUCUUUGAAACACCAACACAUUAUUGCCAAAAGAAGUGCAUUUUUCUGAAGAAAAGAACGAUCUCAGCUCCUUUGCCAAAAAGCAAAAAAAUAAGACUGUGGCUGUAAAAUGUAUAAAGAACAGGACUAAGGUAGAAGCUUACAGAUGGAAGCAAAUAUUGUAUAUUGCAUUAUAUUAAGAACAAGUCAUUUAAUCAACACAGUGAAUUUAAAUACUUUGUGACGAGAGACUGUACAUGAAGUGUUUACAAAACGGUGCAAAUCUGUGGUGACACUUGGGCACCAGACACCCUCUACCCCAGACUAAUACAAACAGUACUGUUUAAAUAAAAAUUAAACGUGGCGUAAAGAAGAUAUUGCAAGAUAACGCAGGACAAAAUAAACAGUACAAAUCUAAUCAAUAAUUAAAUGAUUUGUCAUGCAAAACGAAAACAGUGGAAAUACAGAAGCACUUUGAUCCUAAAGUUUUAAGAAGACAACGCGACUUUAAUUUAGGUAUAGCAUAAUGAGACGGCUGAUUUGCAGUUUUGUACUUAAAUAUUUUUCAUGUAUUUAGGGGUUAUCUGUGUAAGACCCAAAUGACAUGUAAUAUCUGUCAACUACAAGUGCUCCAUGGCCACAUCUUACAGGCUAUCUUCAGCAUUAAACAUGAGAAAAACGAGACAAAUUAGACCUUGAAUCCAGCUUCGUAACCCCUUGAGACGACAACUAUGUCGGAAUCAGAUCAACAUUAUUGAGUACUUGCUGGUAGCUGCCAAUAAUUAAAAAAAAAAAAAAAAAAAACACAACAUAUAUUAUGUAAACUUAAAUAGGUUUUCUCCAUGAGAGGAUUUAUUUUAAUAUUUUUUUUGGCAUAUGAUAUCCACAUUAUGUAAAUUUUUCCUUUAGCAGCUCAAAUUGGAGGCUAGAAAUACCCUAAAAGGGGUGUUAUUGUAGCUUUACAAACCACUGUCUAGUGCUGAAACUCCAUGGAUAAACUACUUGUAUAAAUUGUGAUUUAUAAGGUUAAAUCGGUCCAUUUGUAUAAACAUAUUCAACACAAUUAUACUCACUCCAAUUUUUUUUGUACAAAACAGUAUGCUUUUUUUAAAUUAAUUAAUUAUUUAAAUACUAGUGGAAGCAGACAUAUACAGUACAGUCCAUACAGUAAGCACAUUCCUGAUCGCUUUUUCUCCCAAACAUAUUUUAAAAUCUGUUUGAGUGAGGAUACUUUAGUUUAUCUUGAAUCAAUAUAACGAGACGAUCUGUAUCAUUUAUAUGACUAAAUAACAGCUUGUUCUAAUCGUCAUUUAUUGUUAGAAAGCUGUACAAAAAACGCUAUAUAUGUAUUGCUGUUAACUGUUUCCUGUAAUUUCUACAUAACAUUAUUUUUAUGUGGCUAAUUAGACAACCAUGUAAAGAUGCUCUGUGAAGAAGAGAUGUUGCUUCUUUGGUUUUAUUCAGUGUUUUAGAUUUACUUCUGUGGUUUACAUAACAGAAAUAUUCAGAGAAAUACUUCAAGUAUGUAUUUCUGACUUCUCUAGCCCUCUAGAGUUUGAAAAAGCUUAUACUUUUAGUAAGAGAGGUCACAAUGCUGCAAGAAUUAAGGGGAGCAAUUUCCUUUUUCUUUUUACAUUACAUUUUCAUACUUGCUACCAGCAAUGACAUAAUUUUUAUUAAGCUACUAAAAUGUGUCACGUUUGAAUAUAUUCAUAUUUAUUUGCAUCACGUUAUAUAAGAUGAAUAAAUAAAUAAACAGAAAGUUUCUCAUAAUUGAUCAUUAAGAAUACAAUCUCAAGAAAUUAAGGGUCUCAUUUGUAUUUACAGUUAGCCUCUUCUGAGUUAGGUAACAAUUAUACUGUGGGUUGUAGGUAGGCUUGUUUUCUUAUUUUUUUCUUUUAAAUUUACAUUGUACUGCAAGUCCCUAAAGAGCCAAGCAAGUCUAUGGGAAGAUUUAGCCUUCUGCUGAAUUUGACUCCUGGACAAGAUGAGUGAACUCAGAUGAGUCAUUCUCUUAAUAGAUAGAUUUGUUUACUUUCAGCUAUAGUACAGUACAUGAGCAGGUAUGGAUAUUUCAUGAAUGGCCUGAAUGAAAUUAAAUUGUAUGGUACUGCUAUAGCUAUACUUUACAAUGGCUGUGUCACUGGUAUAACUGAAUCUAGGUCAAUGUGUUGAUGUUUACCUCAUAUUAAUUCAAUAUCAAUGAAACAUGAGUUUGUACAGAUGAGUUUAUUACAAAUAUACUAUCUCUGCUUCUUUGAGCACAAUAUAGUAUGGAAUUCAAGAAAAUAAACAGGCAAAAAAUAGACUUUAGUGGGCUAGAGAAUAUUAAGACAGCUAUUGCUGCUUCUGCAGUAUUACUAUUAUGAUGUAUUUAUUAAUCAGAGAAUUGUGUGUGCAUGUGUAAAAUAUUAGGUCAAUAGAUUAUUAUUCCUAUUUAUUAAUUAAUUUAUUUUUAUUUUUCUGUUAAUAUUUUCAGCUGCUCUGCAUCUGCUUCUGUUUCAAACCCGAAUCAUGCAUGUUGCAGCUUGUGGCAUGCAGAAGAUUCAUUGUUUUGUAUGGUGUACAGCAAUGUUAGACGCUGACAAUAAAAAAUCUUUAUGGAGCCUAACAUUACACAAGGCCUUGUGUCAUUUUCUGUUGGGUGCAUUUUACGAUUUGUGGAUCACAAAUGUAAUCAUUCUGUACAUACAAUAAUAGCUCAAUUGAUGCAUUUGUUUUCCCAUAACUUCCCAUCACGUGAUUAUUAUUGUUAUAGAUAGUAUUAUUAUGAAGAAAAUGCAAUCCAAUUGAAGAUAUUCAUACAUGGUAGGUAUGCUUAGACAUGGCAUCUACUUUUCAGGGAUUUUUGUGCCCAUAUGUGAAGAUUAGGUGACUUUCUUUAAGAAAAAAAUAAAUGAGUACAUUGGAAGUUAUUUAGUCUGGUCAACUUUUGUUUGACCUGUAUUUUAAUUAGGUAAAUGGUCAUAGGAAGCAUAGAUAAUUAAGUCAGCCAUUGACCACGCUGGCACAUGACAGCAGCCCAUAGACUUUUUAGUGUGGGUUAUCCAAAUUAUAUUUGAAGUAUAUCUCCUGUUUAAUUUCAAGUCAAAUGCCUCCUUAAUAAACAAAUCUGCAGUUUCACGAAAACAACUUUUCUCCCCUCAACGCCUGUAUGUAUGUUUUUUUGUUUUUUGUUUUUUUUUAGUUAAACACAUACAGUUUUCUGUCCACAUAUGUUUACACUGCAGACGUAUGGAGUUUGACUCUAGUUGAUGAUGCAGAGUAAACACCUUCUGCCUAUUGCAGUUUCAAGGCAUGAUCCUGCAGCUUUUUACUGGGCUUUGAACUGCAUUAAGGAAUCUAUACCUCUUCAAUGACAUUGGAGAUCACAGCACUGGAACAUUCAGGAUUAUGAGGCUGCAAAGAUGUAUGAAGAGCAAUGAAGGCAAAGUAACUUAAUUCUCAACAGAAAGCAAGACCAGAGAUAAUUCCAUUCAUUUCCUAGCAAGUUUCUUGCUUCUUAUACCUUGAGUUGGUUGAGUGCAUGUGUAUUAUUUUAGUUGCAUCAUUUCCAUUUCCUUUUUUUAUUUAUUAAAAUAUGAAUCCAGUAUACACAACUGAGAUAAUGCAUCUUGUUUGCAAUAAGGUUCCUUGUAGCAUCAUAGGCGUAUACACAGUAUGGAAAUCUUUCUGUCCAAUGUCUCUCGGGCAACAGAAAAGAUUCCUGCUUGGAUGCAGUUUAUUAAGCCUGGUCUUGAUGUAUGAAUGAUUGUGUCUUCAUCUAUUCCCUAGCGGGCAGAGCACCGGUUUGGUUUCUACAGUAGCUGAAUUGUAAUAUCCUGUGGUCAUGGAGGCCAGUACCCAGUCACCCACCUCUGCCACUGCAGGCACUGCGGGAGCCUUUCCACAGCAAUCACUGGAGGCUGUUGACAUUGUGGUGCUAGUCCUGUACUUUGUAUUUGUUCUGGCAGUUGGCCUUUGAGUAAUAUCAUUUCCUUUGAAACAAUGGGCCAGAUUUGGGAAAGGAAAACUAGCAACUCAGAAAGUUCAUUUAAGGCAUUAAAGUUAUGGAUAUUUGUUACCAGUUUUCUAACGUUAGCAGUUGGAUAUAUGAGAUAAUGAGGGAGUCAGGCUGGCUUAUUGAGGAAACCAUUCUAGAGCAGGCACUCUUAAACUGGGGGUCAGGACCCUCUGAGCGGUCACAGAAAGGUUACCAGUGAUUGGGUUGCCAGCCAGCCACAUCACAAGCAGAGCAACUCAUUGUUUAUUUAAUAUACGUGCUCAGUCAAACACAUUGAAUCAUUUCACAGAGUUAUGUUAUGAAAGUCCUUAUGAUUAAGAAUAAUAUAAAUAUUCUUAAAGUUAGAAAUUUAAAAACAGAUGUAUUUCUAUGAUAGGAGAACUGCUAGGCUAGGGGUUAGCCAGCCUACCUUGUUGAACAUUUCUCUACAACACUCUUGAAUAAAUAAAUAAAAAGUUUUUUUAACAGUAUUUAUUUGAGCUAAGUUUUUUAUUCAAGCUUAAUUCUCAAUUAUUUAAGGGAAGUUCAGGGAGCUGAUUGGCUGAUGAAGGUGGAGUUAAAAUGUUUUAAAGGGGUCAUUUGUUUCAGUUAAAUAUGGGGAAUUGUAUAUAUCGGAAGAGGGUUUAUUUAUUCAUUUAUUUAUUUAUUUAUUUAUUGAUUGAUUGAUUGAUUGAUUGAUUGAUUUAUUGAUUUAUUGAUUGUAGGUAAUCAGGCUUCUUUCCUGUUAAAUUCAAUUACCAUCAUUCACUCUGUGGCUUUGUGCAGAACAAGUGUGAUUGCAAUGGCUCCUCUGACUUUAAGCACUACAGACCAGGACAUUCCGAUGUGACAUGUGUCUAAAGGACCCAAAUUACCUGCCAUAUUGAAACACUACACGUGUAUCACAAAGGCUUUAAGUGGCAGUUAGAAUGCUGGAAUAUCUUGGUCAUUAAAUUAUUGUUUCUUCUCUUUUUUUCCCAUGUGAUCUUUACUGUAUAUCAGGCACAUAACAUUAUCUGUUUGGACUAUAGUUCUACAUUUAUGCAGCAGUGUGGAGUAGUGGUUAGGGCUCUGGACUCUUGACUGAAGGGUCAUGGUUUCAAUCCCAGGUGGGGAACACUGCUGCUGUACUCUUGAGCAAGGUACUUUACCUAGAUUGCUCCAGUAAAAACCCAACUGUAUAAAUGGGUAAUUGUAUGUCAAAAAUAAUGUAAUUGUAUCUAAAAAAU